AUGGCGAUUAGGGAUUCGCGACCGAGCACAGAGGAGCCGCUCAUCAACUCGUUUGACUUGCGCUCUGCAGGACAGCACGCCGAGUUCCUGCGCACACGAAACGAGUACCGCGGCAUGGCCGGCUCGGACACCCAGUCUGCUAGCACUCAUCUGGAUACGCUUAUACACCAUCCAUCCCCGCUCGUCUUGGGCCUUACGGUGCUGGCCUCAAUAUCCGGAUUUAUGUUCGGAUACGACACCGGCUAUAUUUCGUCAGUUCUGGUCACCAUCGGCAGCGACCUCGACGGCCGCGAGCUGCUAGUCUCGGAAAAAGAGUGGAUCACCAGCGGAACGUCACUUGGCGCCGUGGUGGCUUGCGUGUUUGCCGGGUACAUUGCCGAUCUAUACGGCCGAAAGCUGGUCAUCAUCCUGUGCAACGUGCUCUUUGUGCUGGGCGCCCUACUGCAGUUGCUGGCUACCAAAGUAGUGACCAUGAUUGCGGGGCGUCUGAUCAUGGGUUUGGGAGUGGGGAUUGGGUCGCUUAUAGCUCCACUGUACAUCAGUGAGCUCUCUCCCGCCAAGUUCCGCGGCCGAAUGGUCAUUAUAAAUUGUCUGGCCAUUACCGGCGGUCAGCUUGUGGCUUACGCCAUAGGAGCGAUACUGGGUGGCUACCACGGCGGAUGGAGAGCCAUUGUGGGGAUUUCGAUGCUUCCGUCCACCAUCCAACUGAUUGCCUUCAUUUUCCUGCCGGAUACGCCGCGCUAUCUCAUUUCGAUUGGCAAGCACAAGGCUGCCCACCAGGUGCUCCGCAAAGUGUAUCUGGGGUGUCCAUCGGAGCUGAUCGAGGCCAGCAUCGCAGAAAUCCACCAGCUCAAUGCUGCUGUGCCUGGAAAGACCGAACUGGAACGUCUGAGAAACUCUGCAUCCCAGCUGCUCAGCACUCCUUCCAACCAACGUGCGCUCGUCAUCGGAUGCGGGCUCCAGGCAAUACAGCAGCUCGUCGGAAUAAACUCGCUGAUGUACUUUUCAGGAACCAUUUUCAAGAUGGUCGGAUACUCCAACAGCACUGCCGUCAGCUGCUUUGUGGCAGGAACGAAUUUCUUGUUCACCAUUGUGGCAUUUCUAGCUGUCGACAAGGUUGGUAGACGAAGGAUGCUUUUGGUGUCGAUUCCUCUUCUCAUGUGUGCACAGGUUCUGUGUGCUGUGGCUUUUCUACAUAUGGACGUGAAAGUGCAACAGCAUGACCUGGGAAUUUGGGAAUGGAGUAUACUACUAGGAUUGGUGCUAUUCGUUGCAUUCUACGCUGUUGGCCUGGGCAAUGUUCCGUGGCAACAAGCAGAACUAUUUCCCCAGUCUGUGCGUGGAAUGGGCACCUCGUUGGCGACCGUCACCAACUGGACCGGCUCCUUGGUGGUUUCCGCCUGCUUUCUGUCUCUAAUGCAAUGGCUCUCUCCAGCAGGCGCAUUUUUCGUGUUUGCUGGAAUAACGUUCGCUUCAUGGGUUUUCAUAUUCCUUGUUUACCCUGAGCUGGGCUCAUUGCAAUUGGAAGAGGUGCAGGAAUUGCUGAAGGACGGAUUCAACGUGCAGAAAAGUAUUUAUAUCCAUCAGCACAGACUGAUGUGA